UUGUCCGCCAACUCCCAACCGCAUACGCAGACAGCUCCUACGAUUACUCGGGGCCUGAUCGGCCACACCCCCGGGACAUCAGCCUUGCCAUGAAGGGACGCAGCGGGCUGGCCUCCUAUAUGAACAGGACAGUGAUGUUGCCUAUAUUUGGCGAGGUAAUAGUGAUGGAGACGAUGAAAUCCGUAGGUGCACACUGUCCUAUAGAGCUGGACCCUAUCCGCCUCCCUAAGUGUGACCAUGAGUACGACCCGAACUGUACAGGAAAGGUGGUUAAUUCGUUCUUGAGAGCCAAGUAUGACAACAAAUGGACGGGACGGUUUCCUGGGAGACCUAGAGAACAG